CUCAUUCAUUUGCUACUCAUUCAAUCCACCCAUCGUCUCUUUUGUGUAAUUAAUUCAUCUUCACAGACAAAAAUUACCCAAAUUUUCAAAUACGCAGUUACAUUUUGAAAUCUUAGAUCGGAACAAUGGCUGCCGAUCAGAUUCCGUGUAGAAAGCUGAUGGUUGAGAUAUGUAACGCCAAAAACUUGAUGCCCAAGGACGGACAGGGCACCGCCAGUGCCCACGUUCAGGUCGAUUUCGACGGCCAGCGGCGGCGGACGGCCACCGUUCACCGGGAUCUCAAUCCCAAGUGGGACGAGCUUCUCGAGUUCUUUAUCCACGAUUCCGAAUCCAUGGACUCCGAGACGCUCGAGCUCAACCUCUACAACAAGGCCGCCGGGAAAAGAAACACCUUUCUCGGAAAGGUGAAGAUCGCCGGCACUAAUUUCGCGAAGGCCGGAUCGGAGUCACUGGUUUACUACCCUCUGGAGAAGCGCAGCGUAUUCUCGCAGAUUAAAGGCGAAAUUGGGGUUAAAGUUUGGUAUGUAGACGGAGAAGCGCCCAUUCCUCCGCUACCACCGGCGGAGGAAAAGGAGAGGACUUCACAGCAGCCUGCCGAGGAGAAGAAACCGGAAAAGGAGGAAGAUACAAAGUCACCAGCUGCAAAUGAGAGAAACAAAGAGCCGGAAAAUCAGCUGGGUCAAAUGGAAAAGAAGCCGGAAAAUCAAGAACCAGAGAAGAAGGAAGAAGAGAAGUCGCCGGAAACCGAGAAAAAGGGAGAGGUAACGGUCCCUCUUGCCCAGCCAACUGCUACUCCGGCGGAACUACCCCACGAAGUGCAGCAUAAACGCCACAUUGACAAACCGGUGUCCGAAAAAACCAGUGAACUGAAAGUUGUCUCGAGCCUCUCCGGCACCGACCGACGGAAGAGCGCCUUCGAUCUGGUCGAUCAGAUGCCAUUUCUAUUCGUACGGGUCGUGAAGGUGAACCGGGUCAACCCAGAUCCCGACUCCACCGCCUAUGCGAAGCUCGUCAUCGGAACUCACGCCAUCCGAACAAAAUCGUUAACCCCUGCCGCCGGAAACAGAGAAUGGGAUCAAGUUUUCGCCUUUGAUAAAGAUGGGCUGAAUUCCACUUCACUCGAAGUCUCCGUUUGGGUCGAGAAGAAAGACGCCGAGGAGAAUUGCAUCGGAACAGUGUCAUUUGACUUGCCGGAGGUCCCAAACAGAGUGCCCUCCGACAGUCCUCUGGCUCCUCAAUGGUACAGUUUAGGCAGCGACAAUCCCGUCACCUUCCCGGAAAAUGAGGUCAUGCUGUCGGUGUGGAUCGGGACUCAGGCGGACGAGGCAUUCAACGAGGCCUGGCAGUCGGACUCCGGCGGUCUUGUGCCGGAGACCCGAGCCAAAGUAUACUUGUCCCCAAAGCUAUGGUACCUGAGGCUAACGGUCAUCCAAACCCAAGAUUUGAAACUUGCUUCGGGAAGCACCGAAGCUAAAAUCCAGACCCCAGACCUGUACGUGAAAGGCCAGCUCGGCGCCCAGCUGUUCAGGACAAGCCGCACCACAUUCGGGACCUCCAGCUCAGCUUCUAAUCCGACGUGGAACGAGGACCUGAUCUUUGUCGCAGCGGAGCCGUUUGAGCCGUUUCUGACCAUCACUGUCGAGGACGCGACUAACGGUCAUCCAGUGGGCCACGCCUUCGUACACGUGGCGACAAUUGACAGGCUGAUGGAUGACAAGUCAGAACGCAGAUCCAGGUGGUUUAACUUGGUCUCUUUGGACAGUACAGAUAACAAACAAUACGCCGGACGGAUCCACGUGCGAGUCAGCUUGGAAGGCGGAUAUCACGUGCUUGACGAGGCUGCCCACCUGACUAGCGAUGUUAGGGCCACCUCAAAACAGCUCUUAAAGCCUCCUGUCGGGCUACUUGAGGUGGGAAUCAGAGGGGCCACCAAUCUGCUCCCAGUGAAAACCCGGGAUGGUACACGCGGGACCACCGAUGCUUACGUGGUAGCGAAGUACGGUCCCAAGUGGGUCCGCACCCGCACCAUCGUCGACCGGUUCAACCCGCGUUGGAAUGAGCAGUACGCGUGGGAGGUCUACGACCCGUGCACCGUACUAACCAUAGGCGUGUUCGAUAAUGGAAGGUGCAACAAUCACGAGCAAGAGCACGAAAAUGAGGCAACCGGAAAGAAGGAUCUCCGCCUCGGAAAGCUACGUAUACGGCUAUCGACGCUGGACACGAAUAGAGAGUAUGCGGGGACAUAUUCGCUUAUGGUGUUGUUGCCGGGUGGAGCCAGGAAAAUGGGUGAGAUUGAAAUAGCGUUGCGGUUCACAUGUUCGUCGUGGUUGAGUUUGAUUCAAGCGUAUGGUAGCCCGGUUUUACCCAGGAUGCAUUAUGUGCGACCUUUCGGGCCGGGUCAACAGGAUGUACUAAGGCACAUGGCUAUGAGAAUUGUAAUGGCAAGGUUGGCUAGGUCCGAACCCGCAUUGGGUCCAGAAGUGAUUCAGUUCAUGUUGGAUACGGAUACCCAUAUUUGGAGCUUUAGGAGGGGAAAGGCAAACUGGUUUCGGGUUGUAGGGUGCUUGUCGAGGGUAGCGACAUUGGCCCGUUGGGUCGACAAGAUCCGGUCAUGGGCGAGUCCAUUGAUCACAGUUUUGGCUCACAUACUACUAGUGGGUAUUGUUUUGUGCCCGCACCUCAUUGUGUCAAUAAUUUGUUUGUACGCGUUUCUCGUCACAUCUUCGAGAUUUCGGUCCCGUCGGGGCGUUAUGAUCUCGAUGGACCCACGGUUAUCCUACUUGGAUGCGGUGGGCCCCGACGAGCUCGAUGAGGAAUUUGACGGCUUCCCGACCACACGGUCGCCCGAACAAAUCCGAAUGAGGUAUGAUCGGCUGAGGGCAUUGGCGGGCCGGGUCCAGACAUUGCUCGGCGAUGUGGCGGCACAGGGUGAGAGGCUGGAUGCGUUGUUCAAUUGGAGGGAUCCGAGGGCGACCGGGAUAUUUGUGGUUGUGUGCUUCUUGGCUUCUAUCAUCUUUUACCUGGUGCCAUUAAAGGCAUUUGUUUUAGGGGCAGGGUUCUACUACCUGAGACACCCAAGGUUCAGGGGAGACAUGCCGUCCAUCCCUAUAAAUUUUUUCCGGCGACUCCCAUCACUUUCCGAUCAGAUUCUUUAAUUGUGAUCUGGAGCUUCCUUUUAGAUUAUUAUUAUUUUGUUCAAUGAUGUAUUAUUUAAAAGUGGCAUAUUAAUUGAUUUAAUAAUAAAAUUGCUUCUAUGUUAUCUCUAGAUUUUUUUUCAGUGAUAUUUUCUGAACCGUGGAAGUAUUGGUUGGUAAAUAGACAAAUAGUAAAAUUGCUUGUCCC